CUUGGCCUCCUUGUGAACAUCUGCCUUUUCCUCCGGUGAUCCGAUCGAAGCCAGACGUGUGGACGUGUGUCUCUUCUCUCUUUCUUGCCGUUGUCGACUCGCCCAUCCACCGUAAUCAUUCCAAUCCCUCCGUGAUAUUUUGGCUCAUAUCGGCUCCGAAUUGACCCGAAGAAGUAGACAAGAUGACCAUCAAAACCGGCCCCUUGGUGGAGAUGCUCGGCGACGAGAUGACCCGCAUCAUCUGGGAUCUGAUCAAGGAGAAGCUCUUGAGCCCGCAUCUGGACAUGGAAUUGCACACCUUCGACUUGGGCGUCGAAUAUCGGGACCAAACCGAUGAUCAGGUGACCGUGGAUGCGGCCGAGGCGGUCAAGAAGUACAAUGUGGGCAUCAAAUGCGCCACCAUCACGCCCGACGAGAAUCGGGUGGAGGAGUUCAAGUUGAAGCAGAUGUGGCGUUCGCCCAAUGGCACCAUCCGAAAUAUUCUGGGCGGUACCGUGUUCCGCGAAGCCAUCAUUUGCCAAAACAUCCCCCGAUUGGUCACACCCUGGACCAAGCCCAUCGUGGUGGGUCGGCACGCCCAUGCGGAUCAGUACAAGUGCACGGAUUUCUUGGUUCCGGGCAAAGGCAAACUCACCAUGACCUUCACUCCUGAGUCGGGCGAGCCCGUCACUUAUACCGUGAACGAGUUCAAAGGCGCUGGGGUGGCUUUGGGCAUGUACAACACGGACGAGAGCAUCAAGGACUUUGCUCACUGUUGCUUCAAUUAUGCCUUGGACCGGGGCUACCCGUUGUAUUUGUCCACAAAGAACACCAUUUUGAAGAAAUACGAUGGACGCUUUAAGGAUAUCUUUCAGGCCAUCUAUGACUCUGACUACAAGUCUAAAUACGAGGCCAAGAAGAUCUGGUAUGAGCAUCGUCUCAUCGACGACAUGGUGGCUCAGGCUAUGAAAUCCGAGGGUGGAUUUGUGUGGGCUUGCAAGAACUACGACGGCGAUGUCCAGUCCGAUUCCGUGGCCCAAGGAUAUGGAUCACUCGGUAUGAUGACCUCCGUGCUCGUGUGUCCGGAUGGCAAGACCGUCGAGGCCGAGGCCGCCCAUGGGACCGUGACUCGUCAUUAUCGCUAUCACCAAGCUGGCAAAGAGACCAGUACCAAUCCUAUUGCCUCGAUCUUUGCUUGGUCUCGGGGAUUGGCUCACCGAGCGAAAUUGGACGGCAAUGAUGCCCUGGGGACGUUUGCCCAGAAAUUGGAGGAUGUGUGCAUUCAAACCAUCGAAGCCGGAUUCAUGACCAAAGACUUGGCGAUUUGUGUGAAGGGAGGCAUGGACAAGAUCACCCGUGCCGACUACUUGAACACUUUUGAGUUCAUGGACAAAUUGGCCGAGAACCUGACCAAGGCCAUGAGCAAGUAAGCAGGGAGAUCAACCAUCCGAGUACGACAUUCCUAGGGAUCAGAACUCGAAAACUUAUGAAACGGAAAUUGUGAUUGGCACUAAAAUCUUGACAUUUUGGGAAUUUUAUGGGAAUUUUUUACCCGUUUUUAAAUGAAAUACAUCUAUUUUCACUUAA